AUGACUCAUUUUGAAUCUCGCGACCUGUUGGACCAUUUCCGCCAAGAGGCUAUCGUGACGGAGCAGCAUACUACUCACAUCGAGCUACGGACCUACCGAAGCCAGGGAAGACGUCAGGUUCAAGUUGAAACACGAUGGAUCCGAGAUAAAAUCAUCGGAAGUGGCGCCUUCGGCGAUGUUUGGUUAGAAAGCAGACAGAAAGAGGAUGACGUGCGCGCCAUGCGUGCUGUCAAGGUCAUCAGCAAGCAUCGAAUGCAGGACUGCAACAUUGAUUACAAGAAGGAGUUGCUCGCACUGGCCAAGUUUUCUAAGCGCAGCUAUCAGCAAGAAGAUGUUUUAGUCGAAUUCUUUGGAUGGUUUGAGGAUGCAUUGCACCUCUUCAUCUCGAUGGAAUACUUUGAACUAGGCGACUUGUCACAACAUAUCACCGACUCAUUAUCCGAUGAAGAUUCAAGACAAAUUACAAUAGACCUUCUUCAUGGGCUUCGCAUAAUCCACAAAGAAAAGUUUGCGCAUCGAGACUUGAAACCUAAGAACAUUUUUGUCGUUCAAAAACCACCUGCCCCUUGUUGGUGGGUGAAGAUCGGAGACUUUGGCAUAUCGAAACGAGCAUAUGGCGAAACAGAACUACAUACACAGAUAGGUUCGGCCUUGUAUAAGGCACCCGAAAUUAGUGGCUACUAUGAGUCGGCUGAGCUUCUUUCAGGGUACGACCAGGCAGUUGAUAUGUGGUCUCUGGGGUGCGUGGUCUACGAAAUACUCACCCAAAAUGUGCCUUUUGCGGAUUCUCUAGCCAUUUUAAAGUUCUGUGAUGGACGGAAUCCAUUUCCAGAGGAUAAUAUUUUACAUAAAGUCGGGCUUGAAGGGGUUGCAUUCAUCAAGUCUCUGAUCAAGGCCAACCCAAAGCAUCGACUGACUGCGGAUGAUGCGCUGAAAACUCAGUGGAUUAUCCAAGAGAACAAAUCAAAACCGCUGCUACCAGACUUACAAGAUCUUAUACUGGAAGACAAGGAAAGCUGGCUAUGGAAGGCCAUCAAAACCGGUGAUCUGAGGGCAGUUCAGCGCCUCCUUGACCAAGGAGUUGAUAUCAAUGCUGUCGAUGCGAGAUCUUGGACAGCGUUGAAUCUCGCAUCCUACUACGGCCAGGUAGAAGUGGCGGAGCUUCUAAUUCGGCGUGGUGCGUCUUUGGAGCCUUCCAAUGACCAUGGAUAUGGGCCGUGGCAUUCUGCCGUGAUAAAUUCACACCUUGAGAUCCUACGCCUUUUUGUCAGAGAGCGACUCGAUCCAUGUGUCGUGAACCUUGACGGGGAAACCCCGCUAGGGUGUGCCACUAUGAGAGAUCGCCUUGAACUGGCCAAAUUUCUUCUGGACUCUGGCGCAAGAAUUCAUGGGACCUAUGGGAAACACCAAGAGUGUUGUCUAAACAUAGCAGUCCUUACAGGAAACCUGAGGCUGACCCGACUUUUUCUCCAAGGGGUUCCAGGCUCGGUCUCCAGAUCUUGUCGCGUCAAUGCUCUCAUUUUGGCUGCUGCUUUCAGUCGCUCAGAAGAAUUCUAUCUCUUGACUGAAACUAUUGGAUGCGACGUGAAGAACGAAGAUGGCUUGACACCCCUGGUAGUGGCUGCGGCUCUCGGUCAACGAGAGAUGGUCGAGUAUUUGUUGCUAGGGACACAUUUGAACGAUGUUGUCGCAUCUAGACCACGCUCUACAAUUUCCGUUGACAAUAUUCCAUGCGUACAACUUCUCAGAAAAAGUUUCAUUGACAGGGAUAUAACGCACCUCUUCGCAAAUUUUGAACCAAAUAUUUCUACGCCAAUCAAUACUAACGGGCUCACGUCGCUUAUCGCCGCUUGUCAGACUGGUAAACUAUGGAUUGUUCAAUUACUGCUUCAACAUGGGGCUGAUCCCAACGUGGCUAACCGUCUUGGUGUCACUCCCCUUCGUCAAGCCAUCAUUGAGGGCCACGCAGAGAUAGUACAGCUCCUACUUGAGAUGGGCUCGGAUCCCAAUGCUCCCGAUUCUCAAGGGAGUACGCCUCUUUACUGUGCUGCGCACGGAUCUUCCGUCGAGAUCCUCAAAGCUCUCGUUGAGUCGGGGGCUACCUUGCAGUCUAAUUCUCUCGAUCAGAAUGUGUUGUAUGUAUACGCCCAAAAAGGCCAUACAGAAGCCCUUAAGUUGCUCCUGGACAAAUUCAAGCAGCCUGUCAGUGUUUCUAACAAAUAUGGGGUCACACUAUUACAUACUGCAGCAAGUAAUGGCAUGCUUGACACGGUCAAGUUUCUCGUUGGCAAAGGGGCAAAUGUCAACGCUGCUUCACUCGACAAGUGGACUCCAUUGCAUAAUGCUGCUGAUAAAGGUCAACUCGCGGUAGCUGAUUUUCUAAUUAGUAAUGGGGCCAAUGUAAAUGUCGCUUCUGACUCGUGGAUAACCCCACUGCACGAUGCGGCUCUCCAGGGUCAAGUUGAAAUGAUCGAGUUACUUCUCGACAAAGGAGCCAAACUGGACCCAUUGAACUUGGAAAAAGAAACGCCAUUAUACUUGGCUAUAUACCAUGACCAAUAUAAAGCGGCUCGUCUGCUUAUAGAGAGGGGAUCGUCUUUUACUGUUCGGACCAAGGAAAACAAAAUUGCUUUAGAAUAUGCAAUAAGCGCCGGGCUGAUCGAAGUAUCCCGGCUGCUCUUGGACAAGGGAGCGGGUGACCACUUUUACACCUACACGCAUCUCACCCCUCUCAUGUAUUCCUUCCAAUUUCCCGACUUGGACCGAAAGAUGGUCACCUUCUUGAUAGACCAAGAAGUGAACCACAACGUUCUCUCUGGAGACGGCAAAACUGCCUUGCAUAUGGCCGCUCUCUCGGGCAAUACAGAUGCAGUUGAGCAUUUGCUCAAAAAGGGGGCACAUUCAAAUGCAUUCCUAUCGGGGUAUAGCUCGUCCCCCCUUUAUCAUGCUGCUGAUGGAAGACAUGCCAGAAUGGUUCACCUUCUGCUGGACGCUGGGGCUCAUGAUACGACGCAUAACAUGGCCACUUUGAAUGUUGCUCUUCAUAAGGGCCCCCCGAAAAUAGUUGAGCUUUUGUUGUUAGAUGGGCAUACGGAAGUAAAUGCUGAUAUCUCUGAAUCAGGGUUGAAGCCACUGCAUAAAGCUUCCUUUCUUGGCAAUGUGGAAGCUGUUCGGUCCCUUCUUUCCGCGGGAGCGGAUAUACAUGCCGCUGACUCGAGUGGAUAUUCCGCGUUGCACCAUGCUGUACAAUACAAUCGAUCGAAGGUCGUUAAGGUCUUGCUGGAAUGUUGUGCUGAUGCGAAACGAAAGUCCAAGAAUGGCGCUAGUCCUCUGGACUUGGCAGCCCAGAGUGGCCGCGAAGCUUCUGCAAAUGUUUUUGAAGAGUAUGGUUUUGUGCUCGAACGCCCUGGAGGUAGUAUACGCGAAAAGUCGACGAUGUUGAUGACUGAAGUUUCCCACACUCCAAGUUUAAUUUAA